AGUUGCAUGUUUAUAAAGUCCAGCCUUAGAAAUUUAGAUGUUUUUAGUGGUAGCAAGAGCUGUUUACCUUUAAUCCCUUGCCUCAUAUUGACAUUGUUCAUACUGUGACUCUGUUCAGAUAUAUCAUUGAAAUACACAAAAACAAAGAUACAUGUAAUGUAUUUGUACACUCAACUUGAAAUGAAAAUCACAUUUGAAGAACUGGAUUAAAAGGAUAGAGGUUGGUUGUCUGUUUCUUUUUCUGUGCCUCACCACCUCUUCAUUCUCUCUUCAGGUCAGAGUGCCAGAUGCAGUACACACCACUGGAUCUGCUGAUACACAUCCUCUAAUGGAAAGCAAACUUAAGGCAUUCAGUAUUGGCAAAAUGAGUGCUGCCAAGAGGACUCUGAGCAAGAAGGAGCAAGAAGAAUUAAAGAAGAAGGAGGAUGAGAAGGCUGCUGCAGAAAUUUAUGAAGAAUUCCUUGCUGCCUUUGAAGGAAGUGAUGGUAAUAAAGUGAAAACAUUUGUAAGAGGAGGAAUCGUUAAUGCAUCUAAAGAGGAGCAUGAAACAGAUGAAAAACGGGGUAAAAUCUAUAAGCCUUCAUCACGAUUUUCAGAUCAAAAAAAUCAGCCAAGCCAGCCAUCUAAUGAGAAACCUCCAUCCCUCUUAAUGAUAGAAACCAAAAAGCCUCCUUUGAAGAAAGGAGAGAAAGAAAAGAAAAAGAGUAAUUUGGAACUUUUUAAAGAAGAAUUAAAGCAAAUACAAGAGGAGCGUGAUGAAAGACAUAAAACAAAAGGUAGAUUGAGUCGUUUUGAACCACCCCAGUCAGAUUCAGAUGGCCAGCGUCGUUCAAUGGAUGCUCCUUCAAGAAGAAACAGAUCAUCUGGUGUACUGGAUGAUUACGCACCAGGGUCACAUGAUGUUGGAGAUCCAAGUACAACAAAUUUGUAUCUUGGAAACAUUAAUCCUCAAAUGAAUGAAGAGAUGUUAUGUCAAGAAUUUGGACGCUUUGGACCAUUAGCAAGUGUUAAAAUUAUGUGGCCAAGAACUGAUGAAGAAAGAGCAAGAGAAAGAAACUGUGGCUUUGUUGCCUUUAUGAACAGGAGAGAUGCUGAAAGAGCAUUAAAGAAUUUAAAUGGCAAGAUGAUUAUGUCGUUUGAAAUGAAGCUAGGUUGGGGCAAAGCUGUACCUAUACCACCACAUCCAAUAUACAUUCCACCUUCUAUGAUGGAGCAUACCCUCCCGCCGCCUCCGUCAGGACUGCCUUUUAAUGCUCAGCCUAGGGAGAGAUUGAAGAAUCCUAAUGCUCCAAUGUUACCACCACCAAAAAACAAAGAAGAUUUUGAGAAGACUCUGUCGCAAGCCAUAGUCAAAGUGGUUAUCCCAACAGAAAGGAAUUUGCUCGCUUUGAUACAUCGAAUGAUAGAGUUUGUGGUACGGGAAGGGCCCAUGUUUGAAGCCAUGAUCAUGAACCGAGAAAUCAACAAUCCAAUGUUCAGGUUUUUAUUUGAAAACCAGACUCCAGCCCAUGUAUAUUAUAGAUGGAAGCUUUAUUCAAUUCUUCAGGGAGAUGCUCCAACCAAGUGGAGGACAGAAGAUUUCCGCAUGUUCAAAAAUGGAUCAUUUUGGAGGCCACCACCCUUGAAUCCAUACUUGCAUGGGAUGUCGGAAGAGCAAGAAACAGAAGCGUUUGUGGAGGAACCAAACAAGAAGGGUGCACUUAAGGAAGAACAGAGGGACAAAUUAGAGGAAAUUCUGCGUGGAUUAACACCUCGGAAGAAUGAUAUUGGUGAUGCAAUGGUUUUCUGUCUUAAUAAUGCGGAAGCUGCUGAGGAAAUUGUAGACUGCAUUACAGAAUCGUUGUCCAUUCUGAAGACUCCUCUUCCUAAGAAGAUUGCAAGAUUAUAUCUAGUGUCCGAUGUGUUGUACAACUCUUCAGCUAAAGUUGCCAAUGCUUCCUACUAUAGAAAAUUUUUUGAAACAAAAUUAUGUCAGAUAUUCUCUGAUCUCAAUGCUACUUACCGUACAAUACAAGGCCAUUUACAGUCUGAAAAUUUCAAGCAACGGGUAAUGACGUGCUUCCGAGCAUGGGAAGACUGGGCGAUAUAUCCAGAACCAUUUCUGAUCAAACUACAGAAUAUCUUCUUGGGGCUUGUAAAUAUUAUGGAAGAUAAAGAAACAGAGGAAGUACCAGAUGAUCUUGAUGGUGCUCCCAUUGAGGAAGAGCUUGAUGGUGCUCCACUAGAAGAUGUGGAUGGAAUUCCUAUUGAUGCUGCUCCUAUUGAUGAUCUGGAUGGAGUCCCAAUUAAAUCACUGGAUGACGAUCUUGAUGGAGUUCCUUUGGAUGCAGCUGAAGAUUCAAAGAAGAAUGAGCCUAUAUUUAAAGUUGCCCCUUCGAAGUGGGAAGCAGUGGAUGAAUCAGAACUGGAAGCUCAAGCUGUUACUACUUCUAAGUGGGAGCUUUUUGACCAACAUGAAGAAUCUGAGGAGGAAGAAAUUCAAAAUCAAGAAGAAGAAAGUGAAGAUGAGGAAGACACUCAGAGUUCUAAGUCAGAAGAGCAACACAUGUAUUCCAAUCCUAUUAAGGAAGAAAUGCCUGAAUCCAAGUCAUCAGUCAAAUAUUCAGAAAUGAGUGAAGAAAAGCGUGCCAAACUCCGAGAGAUAGAGCUUAAGGUGAUGAAGUUUCAGGAUGAGUUAGAGUCUGGGAAAAGACCCAAGAAACCAGGCCAGAGUUUUCAGGAACAGGUUGAACACUAUAGAGACAAGCUGCUCCAGAGGGAAAAAGAAAAAGAGUUGGAAAGAGAACGGGACAGAGACAAAAAAGACAAGGAAAAAUCUGAAUCCAGGUCCAAAGAUAAGAAGGAAAAGGAGGAAUGUACACCAACAAGAAAAGAGAGGAAAAGACGACACAGUGCUUCACCUAGUCCAUCUCGCAGCAGUGGCAGUAGACGAGCAAAAUCUCCAUCGCCAAAAUCAGAACGCUCAGAGCGCUCUGAACGGUCCCACAAAGAGAGUUCACGUUCUCGGUCAUCACAUAAAGAUUCUCCUAGAGAUGUCAGUAAAAAAGCCAAAAGGUCGCCAUCUGGCUCCAGGACACCCAAAAGAUCAAGAAGAUCACGAUCCAGAUCCCCUAAAAAGUCAGGGAAAAAAUCCAGGUCUCAGUCCCGCUCUCCUCACAGAUCUCACAAGAAGUCAAAGAAAAGCAAACACUGACAUUGUUAAUAUUUUUUAUGAUGCUGUCACUGGAAAUGCGGUUUUGUUUUUGUGCCUGAACAGUCUGUUAAAAAAACAAAAAAGCAUUCCUGAUAUUUUUUUUGUGAAUGCACGUGUAUACUCAUGAGUAUCGACAUCUGUAGACCUGUCAUUGUUUUAUAUUGUACAAAAUAUCUUCAUUGUGACUAUUUCCCAAAAGAAACGUUUUUGUGUUUAGAAGUUUCAUCAGAAAUGCGUGUAACUGAUCUGCUGGCAGUAGUGAUGCUUUGUUUUAGAAUGUUGUGACAUAGCAGAAAUAACUCAAAUGUUCCCCUUUUUUGUAGCUUUGACAAUUUGAAUUAGAUUUCAAAUAAAAUAUGAACAGAAAAUUAAGAUGUUGUUUUCUUGCCCCACUGGUGAUACAGAUCUUUAAAGGAGUUCAUAGUUUGUUUGGAAGUACUGUGUAUUUCAGACAUACUAUGGUGCUUAGGUCUUUCAGCAUAGUGGUAGCUCAGUUCCUGUUUUCUCUGGUUUAACUAUCCAGAUAAAAGCACCUUUUGAAUCCAGUGGAUGGGUUUUCUUCCCUACCAUGAUAUUUUACUGUAAGAACAGCUGAACAGUCUGGUACGUACUAUGAUAAGCUUUACAGGUAAAUCUUUGCUUCGUAUUUCUCCAUUUUAAUUGCAGGGAAUAUUUGUGACACCAGAGUAAUGUUUUUGUUCGUUUUUAAAAAGGGGCCUCUGCAGAGAUGCAUCAUGUAUGUGUAUAUCUUAUAUAUAUGAUGUAUCAGUAACAAGCCAUACUUAUGGCAUGCAUGGGGAACAAUUAAAAGGACAUCAAGUCUGAAGCACUAUGACUUCUUUGUUUAGGUACAAUAAUUGCAACCUACAGCACACUAUUGUUUUCUAAAACUGAUUUUUACUCCAAAAGGACAGCUUUUACAUUAUUUUAUUGAAUUUAUUCCUCUGUUGUGGAAAUCCUUCCAAAUGGGAAAAAAUAAAUUUUUUUAUUACGUAUUUUAUUUAUUAAUCUUUUGGAAUCAAGACGCUGUUUACCUUUUCUUAAUGUUAGGCUUUCCCUUUUCCAAACUUGUUCUGUGUGUUAGGCAUUGAUGUGGCUUUAAAUCACUUCACCUUGGUCUCAUCAUGCAGCCUUUCUCUGGGUGGGAGGUGGGGAGGGAUGAGAAAUGGGGGAGGGUUUAGUGUUUAUACUUGGAGGCGUGGGGAGAUUGUAAUAAAAACGUAAAAUUAAAAGGGAUCUGCUUCCUGUGAACUGUUUCUAAAAGCAAAACUGUACUUAACUGCAGGCAUGGAGUGCUGGAUCAGAUCCUGCUGUUAUACUUGUGUAUUUACGGGUUUUACAUUGUUAGAAUUUUGUAAAUGUUUAGGGGACAAUCUUAUGGUGUACAUGUAUAUAGCCUAAGAGGCAACACUUUCAGAAGCAGAAUCUAAAAGGUCUUUUGAAAAACAUACAUAUUUAAUU